AUGGAAAACCAACUAUGGCAUGACACCCUGGGGUGUUGUAAUCAAUACCAAGAAAGCCCCCAGGAUGCUGAGGACAUCCUGUUCCUGCUGCUGAGCCUUAUUGUUCUUGUGAACAUUAGCAUCAAUGUGGCAACUGUGAUGUGGAAUGGGUUUCAGAAUGCCUUAGACAAGAUGACCCACUGGAUGAAUCAGAAAAAUGAAGCCCAGGCUAGUGAGUGCGCCCCUAAAGAUCCCCCAGCCAGGGUCCAGGAUGUCCACAUCCACUGCACACUGGAUCCUGUACAGGUGAUGGCCCAACCCACACGCUACUCCUCUUCUUCCUGUUACCAUCACCGCAAUGGCUGUAGUCACAGUCACAGCCACCGCCACCAAGGUCGCCGCCGUCGCCCCUGCAGCCACCAGCAGAGGACAAAGAACCCCAGAAAAUUCUCUCAUGGCCGCCCAGUCUUUCGUAACCAACAUCACAGCCGCAAGACAUCACAGAUGCGACCAGCGCCCUUUUUUGACCUGGAGGACAGGGAUUCCUGCCUGGGGGAGAAUGAGCUGUCCUUCCCAACUCCCAAGUACCUACGUAAGGGUUGGGGUGGAUUCUAUCAGCAAAUGGGUCUGCCCUCCAAUGUGGGGCUGUGGGGCCGGCAAGGUGGAAUCCUGGCCAGCCUGCCACCACCCUCUCUUUACCUGUCACCAGAGCUGCGCCGCUUGCCCAAGCGUGUGGAGGCCAAGUCAGAGCUGAGGCUGCAUUCCUACUUACCCCAUUGCUCACAGUCCCGAAAUUGGGGCAAUGUGGAGACUGAACCGUGGGCUUCAUCUCCAGUACCUCCCCGCCGGCUCCCCGCCAACCCUACCUGGGCCCCUGGGGGCCACAGCCCUUACUCUUCAGGGGGCCAGAUUCUCCAUGAUGCCUGGGAUCAGCGACCGCGGCGUGGUAUGGAGGACUGUGAACCCUCCCCUGCCUUUGUGUCCCGAAAUCCCAGGUUUGAAUCCCAGAGCCACCGUGAACACAGCUCCACACAGUCUCACCAGCGGGGUCUCCCAGGCCAUGCUUACAGCCAGCCCAGCCGCAGCCCGCACCCAUCCGUAGGACACUUGGGUUAUAGCUCUCCGGAUUCUCAUGAUUUGCGCCGUAGAGCAGCAGACUGGGCUGACACUCUGCCCACUAGGCACCCUCUGACCACCUCCACCUCCCUCACGGCAUUGGGCGAGGUCUCAUGCCAGCGGGCUCCAGCUGCCAGUUCAGCCUUGCUCCCUCACUCCUCCCAGCCCCUGCCUGAUGUCCAGGCUGCUGAUUCCAACCCACCCCCAACCACCUUCAUCCCACUCAGUAGGAAUCCAGGUGGCAAUGCCAACUACCAUGUAUAUGACAGCCUGGAGCUGAAGCGGCAGGUGCAAGAGAGCAGAGCUCGUGCCAACUCACUGCCACCACCUUCCACCUCAGUCUUGAGGCCUUCUCUGCACAGAAGCAGGACUGGGAAACUUAACUGA